UUUCCUUCUCUUCUCAACUCUCAACACUCAAUACCUUUUGUUUGUACAAGAAAAUCACCCAUCAAAUAAAUAUCAUGAAGGCUCAUUCUAACUUGCAUAAAAGAAAGUCUACCUUGAUUGCUGCUGAUGGGAAUCAUGCUGUGUUUAAGAAGACAACAAGGAAGGGAAGCUUUGUAGACACUCUUGAACAAAAGCAGGCAGAAGAUAUCCUCACUAGAGAAAAAAAAUACAAUGAGGAUGAGGAUAACAACGACGCCGAUGACAACAACACUGAAGAAAAAGCUGGAGAUGAUGAUCAACAAGAGGAAGGAGAGUACUUACUAGGAGACGACGGUCCUACUACGGUUACAGAGGAUGGAAUUCACAAAGGUCUGUUCAUGAAAGAUACAGAUGAAGAAAAUAAAACUUCUACUCGACAUUUCAGCCAUGGAUGUCACUUAAUGGAAGGAGAGAUGAUCCAUGGAAUGGAGGACUAUGUUUUUGCUAAACACAUGAAGCUCAAUGGUUACGACUUAGGACUCUACGCAAUAUUCGAUGGACACGCAGGUCGUGAUGUUGCAAAAUAUUUGCAAAGCCAUCUAUUUGAAAAUAUACUUAGUGAGCCCGAUUUCUGGGAAAAUCCAGUGCAAGCUGUUAAGAAAGCAUGUAAAGCUACGGAUGAUGAGAUUCUAGAAAACAUAGCUGAUUCACGCGGAGGAUCAACGGCUGUGGCAGCAAUACUAAUUAAUGGUGUAAAGUUACUGGUAAUCAAUGUUGGUGAUUCUCGAGCAAUAUCGUGUAAAAAUGGUCUCGCAAAACAACUUACCGUGGAUCACGAACCGGAGAAGGAAAAGGAUCUGGUUGAGAGCAGAGGAGGUUUUGUCAUUAAGAGGCCCGGGGAUGUUCCAAGAGUGGAUGACCAGUUAGCAAUGACACGAGCAUUUGGAGAUGGAAAACUGAAGGAGCACAUCACUGCAGAACCAGAUGUGAUGAUUAAGAAGAUGGAUGAGGACACUGAAUUCAUCAUUUUGGCAAGUGACGGUCUUUGGAAGGUGAUGACAAAUCAAGAGGCUUGUGAUUGUAUCAAGGAUGUUGAUGAUGCUCAAAAAGCAGCAAAAAAGUUAGUGACAGAAGCAAAAUACAAGGGAAGCUAUGAUGAUAUUUCAUGCAUAGUUGUUAUGUUCUAGCUUAUGUGCUCCUACAUUUUAUGCAUAUUUGUCUUUGUUUACUGUAUAAUGGAAUUUUAAAUAUUUGCAUUCAAAACUACGUUCUGAAUAUUCACCUUAGUUGAAUGGUUUUUGAAUAUUAUAUGCUGCAGUGAUUUGAUUUUAAGGUUCACAUUUA